AUGGCUUAUGCGGCUGCAUGGGAACAAUCUGCACCAGGUGGUUAUCAUUACAGACCCCUUACAUACAUCAACGAAUACGUCGUGGAAAUCGCCAACUUCGCCGUGGUUGAAUACUGCAAAGAAAGUGGUACGAAGGUGAACUUAAAUAAAGUGAUAAAGGGUGAAUCAUCGACGGUUAAUGAAGGGAUUAACUACCGCCUCACCCUCUCUGUCGUCGGUGAGGAUUCCGUUUCAAAGAUCUAUGAAAGUGUUGUGUGGGAGAGUCCAUUGCUUCCUUUUCGAAUCCUCAUUUCCUUUAUAGGUCUACGUGCUUAA